GAUGUCCUAAAGGCAGCUCAGUUAGUAAGGACUUAGGUCUCUUGGUCAUCCUGGCUCACAAGUUCAAAUUUUUCGAGUUGGAUAUUACAAACUCUUGAUGUCUUUCGGAUUCGAGCUUUGGGGUGGGUAGUCCUGGAGGUAGGAGAGCAAAGCUCUGACUCCCAGUUAUAAAAAAAGAAAAAAGAAAAGCUGAGGAAAGAUGGAAUAAAACGAAAAGAAAGAAUAAUGGGCAGAGAGAGAGAGAGAGGUAAAAUCCAAGAAUCAACUUUGUUGCCUAGGAGUGCGGCUUUUGAAAUCUCCAAGGAAGAAAUAGAUGAGGACCAUUAGCUUUUUCUUUUUUUGUUCUUUGUUUGAAACGAUACAGAUAAACGGAUUUCAGCUGUUUGAAGUACUGUUGGGGAUGGAUAUAAUUGAGGGGAUGAGUUGCCACUUGGCUUGGAAAGCCAUCACUCAUUCCUCUAUCCUACUUUCGAUAACCCCCGUUAGGCUAACUUUGUGACACGUGUCCAUGCAUUUGCAUGGGCCUUGAUUCUGCCAGUAUAUUCCCAUGACGAAGCUUAUCUAUCUAUAUAGAUAAAAAACUUUUUGCUCUUUCGUCCCUCACAUUUCCAUCUCUCUCAGAAUCAGAAGCUUCCCCUCCACCUCUAACCAUGGCUGCCUUUGUUGGGAAGUAUGCAGAUGAGCUGAUCAAGAAUGCCAAGUACAUUGCCACCCCAGGGAAGGGCAUAUUGGCAGCUGACGAGAGUACUGGCACUAUAGGGAAGCGGCUGGCGAGUGUUAACGUCGAGAACAUCGAGUCCAACCGCCAAGCCCUACGUGAGCUCCUCUUUACCUCUCCCAAUGCUCUCUCUUAUCUCUCAGGUGUCAUCCUCUUCGAAGAGACCCUUUACCAGAAGACUUCAGACGGGAAGCCGUUCGUUGAAGUCCUUCAAGACAACAAUGUCAUCCCAGGCAUCAAAGUGGACAAGGGCACGGUGGAGCUGGCUGGCACCGACAGCGAGACCACGACGCAAGGCUUCGACUCCCUCGGCGCUCGGUGCCAGCAGUUCUACAAGGCCGGCGCUCGCUUUGCCAAGUGGCGUGCGGUUCUCAAGAUUGGCGCUGCCGAGCCUUCUGAGUUGUCUAUCCAACAGAACGCGCAGGGAUUGGCUCGCUACGCCAUUAUUUGUCAGGAGAAUGGAUUGGUUCCGAUUGUGGAGCCUGAAAUCCUCACUGAUGGACCUCAUGAUAUCAAGAAGUGCGCUGCUGCCACUGAGAUUGUGCUCGCGGCGGUUUACAAGGCGCUGAGUGACCACCACGUGCUUCUUGAAGGGACCCUCCUCAAGCCCAAUAUGGUCACCCCUGGCUCCGGUAGCCCAAAGGUAGCUCCUGAGGUGGUGGCGGAGUACACGGUGGCUGCACUUCGCCGGACAGUCCCGGCCGCCGUCCCGGGGAUCGUGUUCCUGUCAGGGGGACAAAGCGAGGAAGAAGCCACACUCAACCUCAACGCCAUCAACAAACUGGAAGUGUUGAAGCCAUGGACUCUAUCCUUCUCAUUCGGUCGAGCAUUGCAGCAAAGUACGCUCAAGAUAUGGAGUGGGAAGAAGGAGAACGUUGGGAAAGCUCAGGAGGCUUUCUUGGGGAGGUGCAAGGCCAACUCCGAGGCCACUCUCGGCACGUACGGCGGUGGAAUCGGUGGCGGGUCGGCCUCCGAGAGCCUGUACGUGCCCGGCUACAAAUACUAAACUAACUUUUGGAGGUUGGUUGGUCGUGGGGCUCUGGUGUGGCUGAAUGAACUGUGUAUGAUAAUACUACUUGAUCUUCUUCCAUCUUUCUUGAUGCACAUCUCAAGUUUGUGUAUGUAAUCAAAGCUCUCUACAUCUUGGCUGUGUACUCCAUAAUUCAUUUCAAAAAAUAUAUAUAUAUACCUAUAUGUUUUUUUA